GUACUCAGUUUUGAUAACUUGGCUUAUUUUUAGAGUGUAACAAUGAAGACCUGCUUAGCGACUAUCAUAGCUAUAUUUUUACUAAAUAUUGUAGCAACUGAAGAUAUUCUUAACAAAUGUAUCUCAUCAAAAAACCACAAAUUGUUACCUGGUCCAGAGGGAAGGGCAUUGUCAGCAUUUCACUGCCAAGCAUGGAACAAUCACUCCUGUUGCACAUGGAAUACAACAUCUUCGAUUGACAAAGAUGGAACUCUUUCGCUUUACAACAUGUUAUGGGAUCAAUGUCCACAAAAAAGAAACAUGUCCAAGAAAUGCAAGCGUCACUUUGAAAAGGAUACUUGUUUUUAUGAAUGCUCGCCAAACUUGGGACCUUGGAUUAAAGUUGACCCAAUUUCUAAAGUGACUCGGAAAGAAAGAGUUGUGAAUGUGCCAAUAUGUGCAAGCGAUUGCGAUCAAUGGUAUCAUGAUUGUAUGUUCGAUUACACCUGCAACGAUAACUGGGGUUUAAACUGGAAUUGGAAGAAAAAGGGCACUACUGAUAUGUGUCCCAAAUCGUGCAAAACCUUUCGAGAAUACUUCUCUGGACCAAAGCAAUUUUGUGAACUCAUUUUUAACCAUUCAUUGAAGUAUGAAACUGAUGAAGACAAAUGUAUGAAUCUUUCACCAGUUGGUUCUAAAAAUGUAAAUGUUGCAAGGCAAAAAGCUGCUGAAAUGUAUGGGAAGAGUAGUUCUGUGGUUGUUAAAUGGGAUACUGUAGCCCUUUUUGUUUGUUUUUACCUGUUUUCUAACAUUGUUUUAUAAAUAACAAUUUUUUUUUAGUUUUAAUUUUUCCUUUUUUAAAGACGUCUUUGCUGCGAUAGUGACAAAAAAGGACAGGCUAAGUCAACACAAUGCUAAUUUUUUUGCAUUUUUAAAUCCCUGAUAAAGUUGAAUUAUAUAACUAUAUUUUCUGUUUUGUAUUUUAUAAAUAACCUAUUCGUCGUCAAUUCCGAUAUAGCUACUACAGGGUUGUAAUUCUGGUUUGUCACCUUGUGCAGCUCACUUUUCUUUACAAAUACCAUUUGUAAAUAAACAUAUUUUGGACAGAAAUCACUCUUUUAUUAAAUCACCUUCGUUUAAAUUGUUUGUAAACAGAUAAGAAUUCGCGAAAAUAAAUCCAUCCAAAUUUUUAAAAAAAAUUAUUUUAUAGGUAGUAGAUAGUACUGUUAAUAUUCAAUAAAACAAUUGAUAAAGCUGUGCACACACGUGCUUUUUUUGCAGA